AUGGCUCAUGUUCAGAGUUCUCGAUUCCAUGCUGUCUUUCUCUUCCUCACAGUACUAGUCUCUUUACUCUGCUUCACUCCUUCAGAAUCCGCUGGAUUUAGCCUAAAGCUCAUCCCUAGGUUCUCCCCAGAAUCUCCUUUGUACCCCGGAAACAUUAGCCAAUCUGAAAGAAUACAGAAACUGGCCGAAAUCUCCCAUGCAAGGGCUAACUAUCUAAUGUCAAAGUCCUCCCAAAAUGCCACCAUAGACCCUGAGAAUAUCCAUCUCACAGUGCAUGAAGAUAGCAUCGUAUACUCUGCUGAGCUCUCUCUUGGAACCCCACAAAGUUCUCAAUUUUUCCUUGUUGAUGGUGGAAGUGGCCUCAUUUGGACACAGUGCCUUCCUUGCAUAAAUUGCUUUAAUCAAAUACCUCCCUUGUUCAACUCUAUUGCUUCCACCACUUACCAAAAGAUCCAAUGCAAUGACCCUCGUUGUCGUAAGCCAUUUUAUAAAUGUGUCAAUGAAAAGUGUGUUUAUACCCAAAAAUAUGGUGGUGGAGCUGUAACUAAGGGUACACUCUCAACAGAAACCUUCACAUUUCCAUACACUAAUGGCCGUGUCCUGCCUGUACAAGACAUGAUAUUUGGCUGCUCAAAUGACAAUCAGGAUUUCACUUUUCGUGGGAAAAAGAUUUCUGGGAUCUUGGGAUUGAACAGAGCCCCGGAGUCUUUGGUUAGCCAAUUGAAAAGCACAAUCCAAGGCCGUUUUUCAUAUUGCUUGGUCUAUGUCGACCGUGAAAUGGAGGCUACUAGCAUCCUAAGGUUUGGGGAGGACACUGUAUCAACGAGAAGAGACUAUAAAACAACCCCACUAAUGUACCAAACAAUGACAAGCAACUAUUACCUUAAUCUGCUAGACAUUAGUGUUGGGGACCGCCGUAUUGGUUUCCCACCAGGAACCUUUGCUCUGAAACCAAACGGAAAUGGAGGCUGCAUCAUCGACACCGGAGCCAUAGCCACGCUCAUCGACCGAGGUCCUUAUGAGAGAGUGAUGAAGGAAUUUGACGAGCAUUUCAAGUCUUUCGGCGUGCAGAGAGUACCAAAAGUUGGGGGGAUGGAAUACUGCUACAAGUAUAAUCCAAAGUUCCGUGCAUAUAUACCAAUGACAUUCCAUUUCCAAGGAGCCGACUAUAAGGUGGAACCAACGUACAUGUAUUUUCAUGAUAAUGCAAAGGGAUAUUUUUGCGUGGCUUUGAUGCCGUUCGCAGGUAAAACAGUGCUGGGGGCAUGGCAGCAACAAGAUAUGCUUGUGCUUUAUGAUCUCAAUUUAGGUGUCGUCCGGUUUGCUCCAGAGAACUGUGCACGAGACAAAUUCUGAUCUUCUUUUA